UACUCUUCUUGAGUGUUCUCUUUCUCUUUUUAGCUUUGCUUUCUCAAAUAAAAAAGGAGCAAACUUUGUGUUGAGUUGGUUAGUCUCUCUAUAAAUACUAAACCUUUCAUUCUGCUCCAACCAAAAUCCCUUCUUUUCCUCUCCAUUCAAAACUUUUCUUAGGGUUCUUUUAGAUCCUCAUUUCCAAUAUCUCCCUGAGUUUGUCUUCGGAGUUUUCGAGAUGUCGAAGACUGGAGCAAUGGAUCUCGCAUCUGGUCUUGGAGGAAAGAUCGAGAAAAGCGAUGUUCUUUCCGCCGUUGACAAGUAUGAGAAGUACCAUGUCUGUCAUGGAGGUGAAGAGGAAGACAGAAAGUCUAAUUACAGUGACAUGGUCAAUAAAUAUUAUGAUUUAGUUACCAGCUUCUAUGAAUUUGGCUGGGGAGAAUCCUUCCAUUUUGCACACAGAUGGAAAGGUGAGUCUCUUAGAGAGAGCAUCAAGAGGCAUGAACACUUCCUCGCUUUGCAACUAGGAGUAAAACCAGGACAGAAGGUGCUUGAUGUGGGCUGUGGAAUUGGAGGCCCACUAAGAGAGUUUGCUCGAUUCAGCUCUACAUCAGUUACAGGGUUGAACAACAACGAAUAUCAGAUAUCAAGAGGAAAGGAACUGAAUCGGAUCGCUGGUGUGGACAAGACCUGCGACUUUGUAAAGGCUGAUUUUAUGAAAAUGCCGUUUCCUGACAAUUCAUAUGAUGCAGUGUAUGCAAUUGAAGCUACCUGCCAUGCACCAGAUGCUUAUGGAUGCUACAAAGAGAUUUACAGAGUGUUGAAGCCAGGCCAGUAUUUUGCCGCAUAUGAAUGGUGCAUGACUGAUGCAUUUGAUCCCAAUAACCAGAAUCACCAAAAGAUCAAGGCCGAAAUUGAGAUCGGUGAUGGCCUCCCAGAUAUCAGAUUGACAACUAAAUGCGUUGAAGCUCUAAAACAAGCAGGGUUUGAGGUCAUAUGGGAAAAAGAUCUUGCAGCAGACUCACAAGUCCCCUGGUACUUGCCUUUGGACACAAGUCAUUUCUCGCUCAGUAGUUUCCGUCUAACAGCUGUUGGGCGCUUUUUGACCAAGAACAUGGUAAGGGCACUAGAAUUUGUUGGCUUGGCCCCAAAGGGAAGUCAAAGAGUUCAAAAUUUUCUAGAGAAGGCUGCAGAAGGGCUUGUUGAAGGUGGAAAGAAGGAGAUUUUCACGCCAAUGUAUUUCUUCUUGGCCCGGAAGCCAGAGUAAGAUUAGUCAGUGAAGUGAUAUUGCUAGAGAGAAUCAUGAUGGAACCUUCCUAGUUGGAGCUUGGGACUUGGUGUUUUAGAAUUGGGUUUUGAAAACUGGUAGAUGACUCAGUGAUUGUGUAUUUCUAUUGUUUUGGUAGUCUGUAUUGAGUUAAACUGUGAGUUCAGUUGCAAUUGUAGUUAUUUAUUUGACCAACAAUGUUUAGCUUUCUUUUCUUAUGGUAAAUUAACUGUUCUGAAAUAAUGAAAGUUUUCACUCUUCUUACAGAACUCA